CCAAGGCAGAGGUGAUUUGGUCAUGGAGGCUUUGUUGGCAGGAAUGCAGAGUCGAGGGCAAGGAGGGGGUUUUUUGACAUCUUGUGAGGCAGAGCUACAGGAACUAAUGAAACAAAUUGACAUAAUGGUGGCUCAUAAGAAGUCUGAAUGGGAAGGUCAGACCCAGGCUUUAGAAACCUGCUUGGAUAUCCGACAACAAGAGCUUACCUCUCUUAGGAAUUUAUUGGAUCAAAAACACAAAGAGGUUGGGAUGUUGCAUCAGCAGAUGGAAGAGCUGGAUAAAACCAAGCAAGAAAUGGCUGUAGAAUACAAACAAGAAUUGAAGAAACUUCAGGAAGAACUAACGAAACUAAAGAAAGGCUAUGAAAAGCUUCAGAAAAAGCAGAUAAAAGAGUCCAGAGGUGGCAUCAAAAAUCAUAGGGAGGACUCAGCCGAAAUGGAGAGGUUAAAUGGCAAAAUAGAGGACUUCCGUCAGAAAUCACUAGAGUGGGAGAAACAGCGAUUGAUUUAUCAGCAACAGGUGGCAUCUCUGGAAGCACAAAGGAAAGCUUUGGCCGAACAGUCAGAUAUUAUUCAGGCUCAGCUCACCAAUCGGAAACAGAAACUAGAAUCUGUGGAGAUUUCCAGUCAGUCUGAAAUUCAGCACUUAACCAGUAAGCUAGAGAGGGCCAAUGAUACCAUAUGUGCCAAUGAAUUGGAAAUAGAGCGUCUCAACAUGAGGGUAAAUGAAUUGGUUGGAACCAACAUGACCAUCCUGAAGGAACAACAACGACUUGAAGAAGAACUGAGGCACUCUGAAAAUCUGUUACAGGUUCUACAAGAAGAAAAGAAGGAGUUGGAAGUAACUGUCCGAUCUCAAGAGGAUUUCAUCAAUGGUUCAAUGAUUCAGAAGGAGAAAUUACAGAAUAAAUUUACAAAUGUAUCCAAAAACUUACAUUCUACAGAUCUCAUCAGGUCACUGGAGGUCAGCCUUCAAGAAAAGGUUUCUUCCCCUAAAGGCCAGAUGAACCUAGAGAAUGUUUUUUCACUGUUGGAUUUUCCACAGACCAGUGAAGAACAUCUGCAGGCAGAGGUAUCUCGUCUUGAAGGCAGCUUGGGAUCUGUGAGUACAACAUGCAAACAGCUAAGCCAAGAGCUAGUGGAAAAACAUGAAGCGCUCAAGGUGAUGGAAGACUCUAACAACCAGUAUAAGAUGGAGAUUAAAAAACUAAAAGAGCAGAUAUUGCAGAAUGAGCAGACUUAUAAUUGUGCUCUUGAAGGAAUGAAAAUAGAAAUUUCCAAACUGAUGCGGGAGGUGCAUCAGCGUGAUAUAGCCAUUGCUUCAGUCAGUGGAACUAGCUCUGAAAUGGAACGACACCUCAGAUCUGAACUGGGAAAAGCAGAAACUAAAGCAAUGGACCAAAAGGAUAUUUUGACACAACUGGAAGCACUCAGGUUAGAAAAUAAACAACUUUCUGACACCUUGGAGGAUAUGGAAUCUGUACCUAUAGGGCGUCCCCUGUCAACAUCUCCCAUUAGUUCAAUAGCCUCAAGAUUUUUGGAAGAAGAGGAACUGCGGUCUCAACACAUCCUGAAACGUCUUGAUGCCCAUAUUGCUGAGCUGAAAAGAGAGAGUGAAAGGACAGUGAGACAGUUCACAGAUCUAAAGUAACUCAUGGUGUCAAGAACCUCCAAAUACAAUGACCUCAAAGAGUUUGUGUCCUCUCCAUUAGCUGAGCUUCCCAAAAUGUGAACAUAGCGUGAAGAUGAUAGCUCUGACUACCCCAGUGAAAGCAGUGGUGAAGAUACAACCCCUUCCUGGAAAGGAUGAUUCUUCCCUUGGGGCUGAUGGAUCAGAUAUGUGCUUUCUGUCUGGAGAACAGAAGAUCAUGUCUAGACUUCUUUGAUAGUCUUUUCUGUCCCAUGCAUAUUUAUUGUCAGAGAGAUUGUGGUGCUGUCCAGGUGUUAAUUCAAAAUGUGAAUAUGUCUGUAUAAUUUAAAAUAAAGAUUUUUUAAUG